GCUCUCAUUAGACACUGACUUUGGUAAAUGCUUCUUUCCAACAGAGUGAAAAACCUUCCUGUAUGGCUAAAAUUUUAUGUUGUGCUCCUUUUCUGCUAGCUGAUCCGUCAACAUCCAAGAACCGUGAAAUAAAGCUCAAUUCUCUUCUUCCGAAGCGUGUGAAUCGUCCUGUGUAGAUAGAAGAUAGAUGGCGAAUAACAGGAAAAUAGGAGUUGCCCUGGAUUUCUCAAAGGGAAGCAAGAUGGCUCUGAAAUGGGGCAUCGACAACCUGCUAGUCAAGGGUGAUACCUUACUCAUCAUCCACGUCAAGCCUUCGCAAGGCGAUGAAUCCCGAAAUCUUCUCUGGUCCACCACUGGUUCUCCUCUGAUCCCUAUGUCAGAGUUUCGUGAUAAGGAGGUGAUGAGCAAUUAUGAAGUGGAGACCGAUGGUGAGAUAUUGGAUCUGCUCGACACUGCUUGCAGAGAGAAGCAGGUGACGGCGGUGGCAAAGCUAUACUGGGGGGAUGCGAGAGAGAGGAUCUGCGAGUCCGUCGGGGAUUUGAAGCUUGACGUUUUGGUCAUGGGUAGCAGAGGCCUGGGUCUCAUUCAAAGGGUUUUGCUGGGGAGUGUGACCAGCUAUGUUACCGCGAACGCCACUUGCCCCGUGACAGUUGUUAAAGACUCGUGGCCUUCUGGCUUCUGAUCUCUCGUACCAGAAUUUAGAUUGAGCAAAUGGAAAUGGGAGUGCCAUCUGAAGAAAUGAGAAUGCUCUGUCCUAUUCGUCUUGGCCCAGGUUAUCCUUAUCGUGCAUCAUAACCGAUAUAUGGCUCUAUUUCUAGAUAAAUGUAUAUAUAUGAACACGGGAGGUGAAUUAAGGGUGUGCUAAAAGCAUCAUGUUUAGUGUAUACAGUGUCAAGGGUGCCUCUUAAAGUGGUUAGCUCAUCCAAAGUUCAGCUUAUAAUGAAAACUUUAUGCUGGACUCUGUCACCAUGAGUGAUAGUAUUAUUAUGUUUAUAGUAGUUGUGUUUAGCCCAUUUGCCUGCAUGUUUAGAA